GAUUUCAAAGUGACAUUUGAUUCGCUGAAAAUGUGUGUGGUGAUCGCGAAAGAAGGUCCGGUAAAAUAAGUCCAAGCAAAAAUAAUAAUAAAAAAGCCGGGGAUGGCUGAAAACGUCCCCAGUUUUUCUCCGCAAGGGGAUUUUAACAUUAUGCAAGACUUGGCGGGUUUAGACGAUAUUUUGAAAAGUGAAUUUUUUGAGGAUGAUGCCCUAUUGUCCCAGAUCGGGGAACUGCCAAUGGAUUUUGACUUAGAUAACAUUCAAAACAGCCCGUUUUUGGAUCCGGCAACUUUAUCCCCAAACGACAGUGCCUAUCAAAGCGACGGCUCCUCGUUUAGCUCCUCUGUUACCCCACAAUUAUCUCCCAAAUACCAGAAUGUCCCAGACCUAACACAAAGUACACUAUACCCUGAUAAUAGUCAACCUGUUGUUAAUCAGUUACCUUCGUUGCCCUUCAAAAAUAUCCAACCAAAUAUUCAGACUCAGUCUCAAGCACCAACAGUUUUGGUGUCGUCUUCGGUUUCCCAGAAACCACAACAUGUCGUUUACAGUGCAUUACCGAUACAGACGAAUCAACAUAUUAUUCUACAACAGUCUCAGCAAGUUCCUAAUAAGAAAACUCCAAACGCAAAGCAAAAUUCGAAAGGCCCUCUUAUACAACCGGUUGUGUUACAGGCAAAAUUUCUCACUUCUGAUAACCAGAUACCAACAUCAACGGUAAUGUAUACAUCUCCAAGCCAGAAUUCAUCUCUUCACACUAUAAUUACAACACCACAACUCAUCACGACAACUGGGAUACCGGUCAUGUUGGACUCAGAAAAUAAAGUUGCUAUUAACAGAAUUUCACAAGGAAAAGAACCAAAAGUGAAGGAAGUAAAAAGAAGUGCACACAAUGCCAUCGAAAGAAAGUAUAGAACCAGCAUCAACGAUAAAAUUGUUGAAUUGAAGAAUAUUAUUGUUGGCGAAGAGGCCAAGUUGAACAAAUCAGCUAUUUUGCGGAAAACGAUAGAGUAUAUACGUUUCCUUCAAAACUCUAACGCUCGACUGAAAGAAGAAAAUAUGUCACUUAAAAUGGCAGCAACGAAAAACACACUUAAAAGCCUCCUUACCAACAACGUUAAAUAUGCUCCAGAUGACACACCUCCACAUUCGGAUAUAUCCUCGGAAAAUUCCUUGCCAUCUAGUCCCGAAUAUUCUACAAAUGUUAAAGACGAAAGUGACGAUGAGGUUCCAUUGACUAAGGGUAUGUUAGAUCAAUCCCGACUGACGUUGUGUAUGUUCAUGAUUGCGAUGGUGGCAUUUAAUCCAGUUGGUUUUAUUCUCAGCAAAUUACCAGUAGGAGAUAGUAGCAGUAUACCAGGAAGUCGUACUAUCCUUGCCUGGAGCGAACAACACACUGUAUCAUUUUCACCUUCAUAUCUGGCUCUCGGACUAUUACACAUUUUUAUAUUGGGUUUUUGUCUGAUUAAAAUGUUUGUUUAUGGCGAUCCAAUUUUAUUUACCAAGUCUAAAGAGGCCGAGAAGUACUGGAUACAUAGAAAACAAGCAGAUAUAUACAUGUUGGAGGGUGAUAAAGCAGCAUCUAAACAGGAGUUACUCAGAGCGUUGCAAGUGUACGGUAUAACAUUACCCACAAGCAGAGUGGAAUUAUGUCUAAGUUUCUGUUGGCAAUUAGUCAGACAAAUAAUGCACAGAAUUUGGAUAGGAAGGUAUUUGUCGAGACACAUAGGUGGAUUUUUUGUUGACAGAAUUACUAGAUUUGAGGCACAGACGUCUUGUAAAGAACUGGCUUUGAUUUUUAAUGAUUUACAUAAGGUACAGCUCGUCGAAGGACCGGAAGAAGCCUGUCAUUUAUUUGGCCUAAUGACAUCCUUGAAUGCGUUAAAUCUGGCCGAAGCGUCUAAAGGAAGAAUUAAACCCGUUGACAUGAUUGACAUUUAUAUUGGAGUUGCACUAAGGAUAAAAGCCAGCCUACCAGGCUUUUUACAUAUACUAACGAAGUAUUAUUUUGGUUUGGCAAAACUGGCAUCGACUAACUCUUGCGACCCAAUUCCUCUACGUCUAAAAUGGCUUUUUACCCCAUAUGGAUUCAGAUAUUUCUUAUCCUACAAGUUUUCCGAACAGUAUAAACCUAAAUCAUUACCUUUUACUAAGUUAGGUGAUAAUAUUGAUCCGUUAAUACAACUUAUGAAGAUAUAUCAUGAACAUCUUUUGCAAAAAGCACUAUCAAUUUUGGUGGCGCCAGGUCAGAAAAGCGAAUUAAAUCAAGAUAAGAAAACGGACCUUCACGACGCUCUAACUUACAUUGAUUUACUGAAUAAUAAUGUUAUGAUUGAUGUUAGAACUGUUUUUAAAGCGGGCGAUACAGUAUUUUAUCACGAUCAUGUAGCGGAAUGGUGGGGCACUGUUAUAACGAUCGCUUGCAACUGGUUGCUUAAAGAAGACGAUAAAACUGAGCGACUGUAUAAAAAGUUAGAAAUUUUGCCUGAAGCAUUGAAUUCGUCAAACGAUCCACUGCCUAAAGUCAUCAUGGCCGCUUAUAUGGCCAGAAGGAAUUAUUUAGACACGAAUAAAACAGUUCUGAGCAAACAAAUUCAGAUGCAGUGCGAUUUUGCCAGUCGGUUGCUGGACGACAGUUUGACUUACACCAGUUGCAAGAAGGAAAAUAAUUUACUGCUGCUAUAUCAAUUAUUGGUUUGUGACUGGAUACUAGAAACGAGAACUUCGCUAUGGGAAGAUAGUGUAGAGGAAGGUUCCAAACCGCCAGCCUCGAAUUCCUGUCUUACCGCUUUCAAUAAAGAUCUGCAUUCCUUACGAUGUUUGGCAGAACAUUUACCAUUCGCGCUUUCCAGAGUAUUUUUAUACGAAGCUACUCUGCGUUUAAUGGCGGGCGCCGCUCCAGGAAGAACUCAACAGUUGCUGGACCGCAGUCUACGGCACAGGCAUUCUAAACCUUCAAUAAUUUGUGGAAAAGGAGACAAAGGAAGCCAAGAAAUUGGCAACGAUCGUCAACAUGCGGCUGCCCUGUAUAUGGCCUGUAAACAUUUACCAGGGCAGCUUUUGUCAUCUCCUGGAGAAAGAGCAGGAAUGCUUGUCGAAGCUGCGAAGACGCUAGAACGAAUAGGAGACCAAAAACAGCUGCAAGAUUGUUAUAAAUUGAUGAAAACAUUAGGCACAAACGCAGUCAUUACAAAUUAAGUUUAUUUAUUUAUGUUUAGUUCAUGUUGGAAACAUGUUGACAUUAAAACAUAUAUUACUAAAAAGAGGAAAUGUUUGGCUGUGUAUUUAUUUGGAUUUGAAAAUGCAGCUGAGAUCAGUUAAAUUAGAAACAGAUCAAAAAUAAUUAAUGUGUAUAUGUUUUAGCUAUGAUAGCUGUUCACUGUGUUGAAUACAUAUUUAUUUGUUUUAAAUAAACACAAAAUGUAAAUUCAAAAAUAUUGUAUAUUAAAUAUAUUUUUUUAUUUAACGGUA